CGGUGCGGGGACGUCGUUGACGGUGAGGGUCCGCCCGAGCGAUGUUGGGGGUCUGAAGGGGUUGCCGGGGCGGAGGAGAAUCCCGGGCCUCUUUGCGGGCAUGGCGACUCACGUCAGUGAACUGGAGGCGGCGAAGAAGACGUUGACGGAGGCGUUGGGCGAGAAUGUGAAACAAUAUUGGGCAAACCUGAAACUUUGGUUCAAGCAAAAAAUUAGCAAAGAGGAAUUUGACGUGGAAGCAAGGAGACUCCUUACUCACGACAAUGUGCAUUCGCAUAAUGACUUCUUGCUUGCCAUCCUCACUAGAUGUCAGAUCAUGGUUUCUGCUCCAGAAAGUGGUACUUCUCUACUGUGGACUAGUCCAUCUGCAGCCAAAUCAAGUAAACCUAAAAACAAGAAAAAGUUCCCAUCUCUCCGUGCAAAAUUCGAACAUCGUUUUCAAGCACAAAAUCCUUUAUCAGGAGCACAGCACUUCGUGGCAAAGGACCCUCAAGAAGAUGAUGAUGUAAAGUUUUGCACUCAUACAAUGGUUCUUCCCACAAGAGGCCAGCUAGAAGGUCGAAUGAUAGUAACAGCUUAUGAAUGUGGACUGGACAAUGUAUCUGAAGAUGCAGUGACAGCAGUGGUGCAUGCCGUGGAGAAUCACCUGAAGGAUAUUCUGACGGCUGUGAUAUCCAGGAGGAGAUCUUAUCGUUUACGUGACGGCCAUUUUAAGUAUGCUUUUGGAAGUAGUGUUAAUCCUCAGCCAUAUUUAAAGAACAGCAUCAUUGCCUACAACAACAUUAUUGAUUGUCCUCCUACUGGAAUGACCACAAUGGCCGGAGCAAAUCCAGGAUCCCACAUAUCAUCAGAUGAUGUAGAGCAACAGGCAGCCCUUCUCCUCGCCUGUUCUGGUGAAGAUAUGCUCGCUUCCUUACCACCUGUCAACAUGUAUGAUCUUUUUGGAGCCCUCCAGGUGCACAGAGAAGUGAUUCCAGCCCACACAGUCUAUGCCUUGAAUAUUGAAAGGAUACUAGCAAGACUUUGGCAUCCUAGUCAUGAGGAGUUGGAGCAGGAUAAGAUUCACCGUCAGAGGCUAGCUAUCAAAGAGGGACUUGUUUAUUGACUGAUUUGGGCCAAAUGCUAGCGGUCAGAGCAUGUUUUGUCUCCACUGCAAGUUAAUGCAAUAAUCAUUGCAUUAAGCCUGAUUUCUCCUCAACCUUCAUUCUAUUAUCUGUCAAUGCUGAGCAGAGUCUGCAAUAUUGAGAAGUUUGAAACAAACACACAUCUGGCAGCAUCUGAGAGAUAGAAACAGGGUUAAUGUUUUACGUCCAGUCUGACUCUUUCCUGCUGAGUUUCUCCAACAUUUUCUGUUUGCUUCUGGUUUCCAGCAUAGACAGUAUUUUGCUUUUGUUAUGAUGAGGCGUCGCUUUGGCAAUAUGUCAUGAAGUGUGUAAAUUGAAACAAUUUUGUUAAAAAUCAUCAUAAUUCUCAUAGAAAUUGGUUUGUGCUUCAUCAAUUAAGGUAUGCACAUUGCAAACAUCAAAAGCCAGUUUAAAUAUCUUCCUGUUUCUAAGUGUACUGCCUUGAAGUUAGUGAGUGUGAUAUUCAUGUACAGAUAUCCUGAAAUAUUUGCUACUACAUCAGAAGUUAUGAUGCAUCUAAAAUAAACUGGCUUGUGUUAUUCCUCUGGUAAAGUACAGGAUGGAAUUACAAACAGAAUCGUUUGUACUGAAUAUUCCACAUCAUUGUUUGAAGGCUUGCACAGUUUGUCCAUUUUGUCUAGUACCUGACUACAGAUGAAAACUUGGUAGUAAGUUUCAGAUUCUUUUUUGUCAUUGGUAGUUUUUCAUAAACACAACUGAAUUUUAGAUAUCUCAUUCAAUAGAAAUUAAAGAUUGCCAAGACAGUAUAAUGACACUGUGAGAAUUUUAUUUUUGUACAAUAAAUUGACAGCAUUUGAUCAGUA